UUCGACGGGUGCAGCCCUUGUUCAGUCUGUCAGCGGAAUAAGUCGGAUCUAUACGCGCCCAAAAUAAGGAUAUAUCGUAGUUAACAAAAGAAAAAGGAGAUCUUUAUCCUUUGCCUAUAUCCUUUGGAUUCCGAACUAAGUUUAAAAAGGAUACGCGGUUGGUGAUAAGUUAGUGACUUGAAAAAAUAUAAAUAAUUUUUCCGUUCAGUUGGGCCCUUUUACAGACUGACCUGCCUCCAAUCCUGAUCUGAACAUAGCCCCCAGGAUGCCUAAUAAAAAGAAAGCACAGGCGGAGAGCGCGGCAGGCAAAGACGGAGAUAUUGUGAUCUCGGGACUAUCUGGAAAACUGCCUGAGAGCAGUAACAUAGAGGAGUUCAAGUAUAACUUGCUCAAUGGAAUUGAUAUGGUCACAGAUGAUCCCCGUCGCUGGGAAGCAGGGAUUUAUGGUCUUCCGGAGCGCAUGGCCAAAAUGAAGGACACGGACCUGGAGAAGUUCGACGACAAAUUCUUCAGCGUUCACCAGAAGCAGGCGGAGCUCAUGGAUCCCUGUAUGCGAAUGCUCCUCGAGCUGACCCACGAGGCGAUCAUCGAUGCGGGCAUUAAUCCCGCUCAGCUCCGAGGCAGUCGAACCGGCGUCUACAUAGGCCUGUCCUUCGUGGAGACAGAGCACGAGAUCCCCAACAUGGAGCCCAGCAGCAUAAAUGGGUAUUGCCUGACGGGAUGUGCGAGGGCCAUGUUUGCUAACCGGAUCUCCUACACCUUUGACUUCAAGGGUCCCAGCUUCAUAGUGGACACCGCGUGCUCCAGCUCGCUGGUGGCACUGAACCACGCCUUCGCGGAUAUGCGGGCGGGUCGCUGCGACUACGCCGUUGUGGCGGGCGUGAAUCUCAUACUGAAACCAAUCUUUGCCCUGCAGUUUCUCAGACUGGGAAUUGUAAGCCACGACGGCUCGUGCAAGACCUUCGAUGCAGCGGCCAACGGCUACGCCCGGGCAGACACCUGUGCCGUGGUCCUCCUCCAGCGCCGGAAGGAAGCCAAAAGGGUGUACGCCAGCAUCCUUAAUGUGCGCACAAAUACAGACGGGUUCAAGGAACAGGGGGUCACCUUCCCCGACGGCCGGAUGCAGCAGGCCCUGCUGGAGGAAACGUACAGUGAGAUCGGUCUGAAUCCGGAUGAGGUGGUGUACGUGGAAGCCCAUGGGAGUGGUACGCCCGUCGGCGAUGAUCAGGAGGCCAACAUGCUGAGCAACUUCUUCUGCCGUCCCUCGCGAUCGAGUCCUCUGCUUAUUGGAUCCGUCAAGUCCAACAUGGGGCACGCUGAACCGGCAUCUGGGGUCAGUGCUCUUGCCAAGAUGAUCAUUGCCAUGGAAGAGGGCGUCAUCCCCCGGAACCUGCACUACCGCACUCCCAAUCCAGCGGUGCCCGCUUUAGUUGAAGGCCGACUCAAGGUGGUGGAUAAAAACCUUCCAUGGCAGGGAGGAAUUGUGGGCCUGAACUCGUUUGGCUUUGGAGGAGCCAAUGCCCAUGUGGUACUAAAGUCCCAUACCAAAUCCAAAGCUCCCAAAUCAUCGAGCAACGGGUUAGAGGAGAAGCAAUCCUUGCGACUGGUGGUCUGCUCCGGUCGCACGGAGGAGGCAGUGCAGCAACUCCUAAAAGUGGCCACUGAUCAGUCGAAUGAUCGGGAGCUGCUUACCCUCAUUAAUGAUAUUCACUCGCAGACGAUUCCCCUGCAUCCUUUCAGAGGCUAUGCUGUCCUGGACUCCAGUGGCGCCGUCAAAGUGGAGGUGCUGCCCUUCGAGGAGGAGCCAAGACCCAUCUGGUUCGUGUACGCUGGCAUGGGCAGUCAAUGGGCCAGCAUGGCCAAGGACCUCAUGCAGCUGGAUGUGUUCCGCAAGUCUAUAGAAUCUUGUGCAGAGGUACUUGCCAAAGUGGACUUUGAUCUUAUAGACGUUCUAACUCGGUCCACGGAGCGGACUUUCGACAACAUGCUGUAUUCCUUCGUGUCCGUUUCCGCCGUCCAGGUGGCUCUUACGGAUUUACUAAAGACCUUGGACAUUCGUCCAGAUGGAAUCAUUGGCCACUCUGCCGGGGAACUGGGAGCUGCUUACAUGGAUGGUUGCCUGACGGCAGAACAGACUGUGUUGGCUGCCUAUUGGCGUGGCAGAAGCGUCCUGGACACGCCGGACUUGCCUCGCGGCAAGAUGGCAGCCGUGGGGCUAAGCUGGGACGAAAUUGCGGCCCACCUUCCAAAGGAUUGCUAUCCAGUGUGCCAUAAUAGCGACGAUAACUGCACGGUAUCUGGUCCAACGGCCUCCAUGGAUGCUGCCAUCAAGAGUCUGGCCGCGGAGGGUAUUUUUGUGAGGGAAGUGGGAUCAGGAGGCUAUGCUUUCCACAGUCCGUACAUCGAGGGAGCAGCUCCCAUGCUGCGCCGUAAUCUGGAGAAGCUGAUUAGGGACCCAAAGCAGAAGAGUCCUAAGUGGCUGAGCACCAGCGUCCACGAAGCGGAGUGGGGCUCGGAGAAGAAUAACCUGGCAUCCGCCGGAUACUUCAUCAACAAUUUGAUCUCGCCGGUACUCUUCCAUCAGGCUGUGAAGAAGAUUCCCAGUAACGCUGUCAUCGUGGAAAUAGCACCACAUGGUCUCUUCCGGGCUAUCCUCCGAUCUCUGAGUCCGCAAAUCAGCUACGUGAGUCUCAUGCAACGUGGCCAUGCCAACAACUUCGAGUUCCUCCUGAGCCAGCUUGGCAGGUUGUACGCUGCCGGGGGACAACCGCAAAUCCUAAAGAUCUCUCCUUCCGUUACUUACCCGGUGUCGCGAGGUACGCCCAUGCUGGGCUCCCAGAUUGGGUGGGACCACUCCCAGAAGUGGAACUACCCCAAGUUCAAGGGCGGUCGCCAGGCUGGACAACUAAGCGUGGAGCUGGACCUGGCCAAGGAGGAGAACACCUUCUUGGCGGGGCACACAAUUGAUGGAAGGAUUCUGUUCCCGGCCACGGGCUAUAUGACUCUGGCCUGGAUGAGUCUCGCCCAGCAGCAGGGAUUGGACUAUCUGCGCACUCCUGUUCUGUUCGAGGAUGUGGUCUUCCAUCGCGCCACUAUCCUAGGAGUGGGUACAGUCGUCAAACUGACUCUCAACUUCUUCCCAGGAAGUAGCAGCUUUGAAAUCUGCGAGGGCAGCAGCUUGGUAGCCUCCGGAAAAAUUCGGCUAGUUACUAACGUCCACCAGGAGCGACUGCAGCUGCCGUCUCUUCCGGGGAUUGCGGGUUCAAGCAAACUUGGCACCAAGGACAUCUACAAGGAGUUGAGGCUAAGAGGAUACGACUACAGUGGUGCUUUUCAGGGAAUCUUGGAAGCAGACAUCGCAGCCGUGACUGGCAAACUCCAGUGGAUGGACAACUGGAUCAGCUUCAUGGACACCAUGCUGCAGUUCCGCAUCUUGAGUAACGAUAUCCGGGAAUUGUAUGUGCCAACUGGCAUCGAACGAGCCCUGAUCGAUCCCUUGAAACAUCUGGAGCUGGCCAAGAAGCACCAACAGAAACUGCCCGUCAGCUGGCACAGCAACAUUUCGGUGGUCAAGUGCGGUGGCGUGGAAAUACACAAGAUGAAAACGGCCCAGACGCAGAGGCGAUCUGGGGGCCAAGCUGCUCCCAGUCUGGAACGUUAUAGGUACGUUCCCUACGUUCAACACUUGGGGCAGCGCGAGGAUCAGCAAAAGUCCAGGAGCACAGCUCUGGCUGUGGCUCUACAAACCAUUAUCGAAAACAGCGGCGGAGCUGUGAAACUCAAGGGCGUGGAGCUCGCCGGCACCCGCUCCAGUUUGGAUACUCUGAGUGCUGUGCAGCUUCUAGAACUAAUUGAGAGCGAGCCCAUUUUGGUAGGAGACUUGGCAGUGGUCACAAGCUCCACCAACGAGUCAGAGUUGGGUGAGCAAUUGAAGGAGCAUGGAAUUCGUGUAAUCGCAAAGGAUCUCUCAGCCGGACCAGUGGAGCAGCAGUGUCACUUUGUAUACAGUCUCGAUUUGCUGUCGAAAAAUACUCCAAAUGAUAUUCAAAACUGCGUCGACAGCCUUAAGUCCGAUGGGGGCUUCCUGCUACUGGAGGAAAUAGCUACCAAUUACACCCACAUUGGAAAGGAAAUUCUAAGCAAACUACAACUGGUGCCGCUAUUGGAGCAGUUCUACGGAGUGGAUCGAGUGCUGGUGUUGGCCAGAAAGGCAGUACAUAUUAAGACCAUUCCAUCCUCAACCCUUCACUUGACCAACGAGCAUUUUAAAUGGGUGAGUGACCUCAAGAGUGCUAUGCUAAGAUCCCAAGCCGAAAAGAGAAACCUAUAUUUGGUGGCCCAAGGCGAACCCAAUUCCGGGGCUUUGGGCUUGAUAAACUGCUUGAAGAGGGAGCCAGGUGGUAACUGCGUCCGUCUCUACCUCAUACUGGACGAGGGCUUACCUGCCUUCUCCUUAGAGGAACCCUUCUUUGCCGAUCAACUGGCCAAGGAUCUGUCCAUCAAUGUGUACAGGAAUGGCAGCUGGGGCAGCUUCCGUCAUCUCAAAAUGGAAUCUCAAUCUCCUCUUCUGCCCGUGGAGCAUGCCUAUGUGAAUACCCUGGUUAAGGGAGAUCUCUCAUCGCUGCGCUGGAUCGAGAGUCCUCGCACCAAUCCCAAUCAGUCCCACUUGGAGCCGUGUACCGUCUACUAUGCUCCUUUGAACUUCAGGGACGUGAUGCUGGCCUCGGGCAAGCUGGGCGUAGAUGCCCUGCCGGGAGACUUGGCCUAUCAGGAUUGUGUCCUGGGACUGGAGUUUUCUGGGCGGGACUCCCGCGGUCGCCGUGUCAUGGCCAUGGUCACUGCAAAAUCUCUGGCCACCAAUUGCCUAGCCAACAAAAAUCUGAUGUGGGAAAUUCCCAAGGACUGGACAAUGGAGGAGGCUUCGACAGUGCCUUGUGUUUAUGCCACAGUCUACUACGCAUUGGUUGUGAGAGGCCAAAUGAAGAAGGGCGAACGGAUCCUCAUCCACGCCGGUUCUGGGGGUGUGGGUCAGGCUGCCAUCUCCGUAGCCCUGGCUCAUGGACUCACAGUGUUCACCACCGUGGGUAGCAAGGAGAAGCGCGAAUUCCUCCAAAGACGCUUCCCCAAACUGCAGGCUCGCAAUAUUGGCAACUCCCGCGACACAUCCUUCGAGCAACUCAUCAUGAGUGAAACCCACGGAGAAGGAGUAGAACUCGUACUGAACUCCUUGUCGGAGGAGAAGCUGCAGGCUUCCAUCCGGUGCCUGGCACUCAAUGGACGAUUCCUGGAGAUCGGCAAGUUCGACUUGAGCAACAACACGCCCCUGGGAAUGUCCGUGUUCUUGAAGAACACCUCCUUCCACGGCAUCCUGCUCGACAGCAUAAUGGAAGGCGAGGAGGAGAUGCAGCUGAUGGUGGCCAAGCUAGUGGCGGAGGGCAUCAAAAAGGGAGCCGUGCGCCCCUUGCCCACCACUGUUUUCGCAGAUCAGGAAAUCGAGAAGGCCUUCCGGUUCAUGGCCUCUGGCAAGCACAUUGGCAAGGUGGUGAUCAAGGUACGCCUAGAGGAGGAGCAGCAGUCUGCCCUUCCGCGUCUCCGCCAGAUCCAGGCCAUUCCCCGUUCCUAUAUGCAUCCGGAGAAGAGUUACAUUUUGGUUGGAGGUCUGGGCGGAUUCGGUCUGGAGCUGGCCAACUGGCUUGUAUCCCGCGGUGCUCGCUUCCUGGUCCUAAGCUCCCGAUCCGGAGUGAAGAGCGGCUACCAAGCCCUGAUGAUCCGUCGUUGGCACGAGCGAGGUGUCCAAGUGCUCAUUGAUACCAAUGAUGCGACCACUGCCGCCGGAUGCCAAAAGCUUCUUGAGGUGAGCAACAAGCUGGCUUUGGUGGGAGGCAUCUUUAACCUAGCGGCGGUGCUAAGAGACGGACUAAUCGAAGAUCAGACCACUAAGAACUUUGAGCUGGUGACUGCGCCCAAGCUGCUGGCCACACAGCACCUGGACAGGAUAUCCCGAAGCUUGUGCCUUGCCCUAGAGUACUUUGUUUGCUUCUCGAGCUUGGCUUGCGGCAGAGGAAACCUGGGGCAGACCAACUACGGGUUGGCCAACUCAGCGAUGGAACGGAUCUGCGAGCAGCGGCAAGCGGAUGGAUAUCCGGGAACUGCCAUCCAGUGGGGUGCCAUCGGAGAUACUGGUCUCAUCAUCGAGCAUAUGGGAAACAACGACACUGUGGUGGGUGGCACCCUGCCCCAGCGAAUGAACAGCUGCCUGGAGACCCUAGACCUGUUCCUGCAGCAGCCUCAUGCCGUUAUGGCCUCCAUGGUGCUCGCAGAGAAACGCAAAACCGAGCAGGCCAACAGAUUGAGUCUGAUCGCCACCAUAGCCAAUAUCAUGGGCCUCCGGGAUGUGAAGAGCGUCUCCGAUAAGACCACCCUGUUUGAUCUAGGCAUGGACUCGCUGAUGAGCACGGAGAUCAAGCAGACUCUGGAGAGGCACUUUGAUUUGGUUCUGAGUGCCCAGGAGAUCCGCCAGCUCACCUUCAGCGCCCUCCGGCAAAUCGAUGCCCAGGAGCCAGUGACGCAGCCAUCUCCUGCCUCCUCUUCCACAUCGGCAGCCUCGCCGGAAGCCAAGGAGCAGGAGAAGGUGGCCAAUAGGCAGCAGCAGAGCGACGAAACGCGCAAGGUAUUCGCCAAGGAAGUAUUACCCCAGGAGGUGCUGGUGCGCCUCCGAUCGAAAGCUCCUGUGGCCAGCGAGGAUCCGGCGGUGUUCUUCCUGGCUCCGAUCGAGGGCUUCACAAUAGCCGUGGAGGCUUUGGCCUCAUCACUCACCUGCCCCGCCUAUGGACUCCAGUGCACUGAGCAGGUGCCUCUGGACUCCAUCGAAGCCUGCGCCGCCUACUACCUGCGCCAAAUUCAGAUGCUCCAGCCCCGAGGUCCCUACAACAUUGUCGGCUACUCCUACGGCUGCCUGCUGGCCCACGCCAUUGGGGUGGCACUGGAGCAGCGCCGAUUCGGGGUGAAGGUCAUUAUGCUGGACGGAGCUCCCACCAUAGCCAGUGGCUACGUCCAGGAGGCUAAAAAGCAGACGGACGACCUAAAUCGCCAGCAAUCCAUGACUCUUGCCUACUUCGGAGCCCUGCUUGCCGACGUGGACUACAACCAGCUGUUGCAACUCUUGGAUGGAGUGAAGACUUGGCCAUCUAAACUGGACAAACUCGCCGACACUCUGGCCGUGCACACGCAACAGACCAAAGAAGUUAUCAAGAAAGCUGCCUGCAUGUUUAAACAAAAGCUUUUGCUUUCGGAGAGCUACAAGGGAGCCAAGCAACUCCACAGCGAUGUGGUACUGAUCAAGUCGGCUGAGCACAAUGCCAUUAUGGCCCAGGAUUAUGGCCUCAAAGAGAUUUGCAGCGCCCAGAUCGACAUGCACGUGGUGGAGGGCACCCAUCGCACCUUCCUCAAGGAACCGCACACCCUACAGAUCAUCGAACAGGUUUUAAGGAAGCAACCCUAGUGGACUAGAUAUAGUUUUGAUUAGCUCUAUUAGUACGAUAAUUUUCAUGAUUUAUGCUAUAGAUAUUAAUGUAUCCCCUAUUCAUAAAAAUAUACGUAGCAAUCUCGUUGGGAUUGUUUAAGAAA